AUGUACCUUUGGGUCUUCCCGAACCGAGACUAUGCCGUGGGUGCCAUCUCAGGCGUCGUGGCAUCAUGCGCAGCCUUGGGUCUCUCACAUCCCAUCGAGGCGGUGAAGGUGCGCAUGCAGACCGCUCAGCACCUGGAGCCGGGUGCCGCCUCCACUUCUCUCGGCCGAUUGGCUGGCCUGCUGCGGAGGCCUUACUAUGGUGUGGGCCCUCACCUUGUGCAGCACAUGCUGCUGAACUCUGUGCGCUUCGGAUCCUACCAAGCUGCCCAGGGAUACCUUCAGAGAAGAGCUGGUGAAAGACGGCUUUGGCUUUCCGAGAUCUUCGGAGCUGGCGCUUUCUCUGGCUUUUGCGUCGCCGCCCUGCUCCAUCCCCUCUUCGUUGUGAAGACACACCAACAGGUCAACCGGCUCUCCACGCCACAGGCAGCAAAGCGCUUGUGGCACGGAGAGGGACCGAAAGGCCUUUUCCGCACGUUCUUCGCUGGCUUUGCCCGCUUUCCUUUGGCCCUUGGGGUCUUCUUCGCGUCCUACGAAGCGAUGAAGCGCAGUUCAUCGCUAUGGCCGUUCGACAGACUCGGUUCGGAAGUCGCAGCAGUGCAGCUGCGCAACAGUGUUUACGGAGCUGUCGCUGGUGUCUUCUGUUGGACAUCAGUUUUCCCGCUGGACGUCGUGCAGAGCCGUGUCAUGAGUGAGGCAGCCUAUGGAGCAGACCGCAAGUACACCGGUGUGGUUGCAUGCGCUCGCGAACUCUACCGCGUGGAGGGGCUUAAAGCCUUUGUCCGAGGAUACUCUGCCGUUCUCAUGCGGGCCGGUCCUGUGAAUGCCGUCCUUUUUCCUGCCGUGGACUUCCUGAAGCCUGUGGUGGACAAGGGCUUGCCGAGCUGA